AUGUCGGAGAAAGAAGAACAAGUGCGUGGGCGUGAGACCGUCAACGCUUUGCAGGACGCCGACGGCACGACCAUCCCAACAACAAGGAUAGCCGAAAACACAUAUCCUCCUCAAGAUGGCGGCAAACAAGCAUGGCUGUUCCUGUUUGGUGCAUGCAUUAUUGAGAUCACGGCGUGGGGCUUCCCAUAUUGCUAUGGUGUCUUUGAAGCAUACUUCAAUAGUCACCCACCAUUCCAGGGCCAGAAUCUUGUUUCCAUUGGCGGUGUUCUGUCGAAUGGCGUCUUGCAACUGUCCCUCCCGCCUAUCAUGUACUAUGUCAACAAUUUUCCUGGCCAUCGCAUUGCUGUAAUGUGGGCUGGGUGCCUGGUCUGCACUUUUUCCGCCAUCGCUGCAGGCUUUGCGAAGACACCCUUACAGCUCGUUAUGGCAAUAGGUCUAUGUUACGGUAUCGGAGCUGGGAUGUUGUUUGCUCCAAGCAUCCAUCUGAUGGCCGAAUGGUUCAAGGUCAAAAAGAGCCUGGCAUAUGGCUUCAUCUGUGCAGCAGGUGCGGCCGCUGGUGCUGGAUUACCGCCAGUCUACACAUUCUGCCUCAACCGAUAUGGCUACAAGGUGACAUUGAUAGGCUGGGGAAUCAUCACCUUCGUCGUCACAUCCCUUGGUCUGCUGUGUGUACGUCCACGUUUGCCCGUGGCAGCAAAGCCUCCACCACCUUCUUGGAGAGACUUCGAUUUCGCGAAAAAGCCGCUCUUUCUCAUCAUGCUUCUGGCGACAAUUGUCCAAGCCAUCGGUCAUUAUGGUCCAAGUCUGUAUCUCCCAUCCUUUGCAGCAGACUUCGGCAUUUCCGCAUCGCAAGGAGCAAUGCUGGCUAGCUUCUUGAACCUCGCCCAAGCAAUUGGUCAACCUCUGCAAGGAUGGCUGGCAGAUUGGAGAAAGUCCUACUACAUCCCAAUGCUGAUCAGCACGAUUGGCGCAAGUCUCGAAGCACUAUUAAUAUGGGGAUUCGCACGAAAUCUCGGGUUGCUUUGUCUGUUUGCGCUGGCGUUUGGUAGCACAGCAGGUGGAUUUGCUGUAUUACGUCCGCGCUUCGCCGCAGAGAUCGUAGGUGAUCAAGAUCAGCAGGACAACCAGAGUUUGCUCGUCUUCGCUAUCCUUACAGCGAGUCGUGGAUCUGCGAUUAUCGGAUCUGGCUUCAUCAUGAAAAAUCUUGUCCAUGAAGGAUCAUCAACUGAGGGCUGGGGAGGCGGUCAGGCGUGGUCGCAGCUUGUCAUCUAUACCGGUGUCAUCAUGUUCACCGCCAGUUUCGGAGCUGUAGGCAUGUUCGUUGGCCCGCAAAGAAGAUACGGAGGUGGUCGUGCGAAGAGUAUGACAAGUGAGAAGAGCUCGAACGCUGUCGACAACUUGAGCGAGCUUGUAUAA